CUCCAGGGGGUGAUGGGAAUCCUCGCAUUCCUACCCCUCCUUGCCACUGAGAGUGACAGGGCUGACGGCAAGCCCUCCCAGCCUGUGGGCCACAUGCUACUGUGGACAGCUGUGCUAUUCCUGACUUCUGUUGCUGGGACAUCUGCUGCUCUCCCGAAGGCUGUGGUGAAACUCGAGCCCCCGUGGACCCAUGUGCUCCAGGAGGACUACGUGACUCUGAGGUGCCAGGGGGCCCACACCCCUGGGAACAACUCCGCCCAGUGGUUCCACAAUGGGAGCUCCAUCCCCACCCAGGUCCAGGCCAGCUACAGAUUUAAGGCCAAGAGAGAUGACAGCGGGGAGUACAGGUGCCAGACAGGCCAGACCAGCCUCAGCGACCCUGUGCAUCUGGGCGUGCUUUCCGACUGGCUGCUGCUCCAGACUCCUCAUCUGGUGCUCCAGGAGGGGGAAACCAUCAUGCUGAGGUGCCACAGCUGGAAAAACAUGCCUCUCUACAAGAUCAAUUUCUACCACAAUGGAAAAUCCAUAAAGUUUUCCCAUUACAAUUACAACUUCUCCAUCCCACAAGCAAACCACAGUCAGAGUGGUAGUUACUACUGCAAAGGCCUUAUAGGAAGGUCAGAGCACUCAUCACAGUCUGUGACCAUCACUGUCCAAGAGCCCAACUCUACCAACUCUUUACCACUGGAGGCCAUUGUGGCUGUGGUCACUGGGAUUGCCGUAGUGGCCAUUGUUGCUGCCAUAGGAGUUUUGACCUACCUCAGGAAAAGGCGAAUUUCAGCUCUCCCAGGAAACCCUGAGCACAGGGAAAUGGGAGAGACCCUCCCUGAGGAACCAGCCAAUCCCACUGAUCCUGGGGAGGCUCCCAACCUUCAGGCUGAGAAUACAAUCACCUAUUCACUUCUCAAGCACCCGGAAGCUCCAGAGGAAGAAACAUAGCACUUUUAUCAGUAACGUAUUUAGUCUCCAUUGUCUCGCCUUGCGAUUUGGGGAAGAGAAUCAGAGAGGCAGAAGACCUGGUGUUUCCCAGCUUAAAUUCCCCUUGGGGAGAAGAAGGGAAUGCUGCAGUUCCAAAGAAAAAGGACUCUUCCAGAGUUACCCAUGUGAGUCCUGAAGCUCCCUGUUCUGAAAGCCAUAGACAGUAUAGUCCUGGAUGACUGACUAUAUUCACUCCUGUGCCUCAGCACUUCUCGACAUCAGGACUCCUCUGUUAUACAUCAACACUGCUAAUAAAAUUAAUGAAG